GGCAGUAUCUGGCAACCUGAAGUGUCACUGAGGAAGCAGCACCCUUUGAGCUAACGCUAUUACAUUAAUUUCUUCUAAUCUCUAUACUUUAAAAUUAUUUACCUUACGUUAUACAAAUAUAACUGACACUACUUUAGAUAAAACAAUCGUAACGUUGCGCUGUCGCAAAUUUGAUCUGUUUUUUUUUUACAUUUUUUUACAAACAUCCGCGACUAGCUUGUAGCCCGUAGCCCGCUAGCAUCACCUACCGCUAGCCUUGUUUACGUUUCACAUUUCUCACUUACCGCUGUUCUGUUUAAAAAAAAAACAAAUAUGUCUGCUGUCUCUCCGGUUUUGAGUGCAGAUGAGGACUCGCUCGAGCUUCACAUGGUGCGGCUGGAACUGGAGGAUGUGGAGAAGCAGAUCCGCGGCCUACUCGACAAGCAGGCGCAGCUGCUGGAGCGACAAACUGCGCUGGAAACAUCUUGUGCCUCUGCCCACAUAUCCAAGGUAAGCACACAGCGUGGUAUUUCCACUCCCAGCCCCUCUACGCCGUGUGUUUCUCUGUGCAGGGACCGUGCACCUAGGACUUUCCCAGCCGUGGUCUCCGUCACGCCGGCGCCAACACACCUCGGGCCUUGGGUGAACCAGCGGCGAAAGGCGCGGGCUGGACCCUCUCCACCUCCGGUGUUCGAGAUUCCAACCAGGAACCGCUUCACCCCUCUCCGCCAGACCAGACCCAACGCUGUGAUCGUCGGGGACUCCAUUGUGCGGAACGUCCGUGUAGCCUCAUCUAAAGGUAAGGUGCGCACACACUGUUUUUCUGGUGCUUGUGUCCUUGAUGUCGCUGCGCAGGUAUCCGGGAUCCUGAAGAAGGACGAGCGCAUUGGAGCGGUUGUGCUGCACGCGAGGACGAACGACACCAGGCUGCGGCAGACGGAGGUUCUGAAGAGGGACUUCUCCAGCCUGGUCGAGACGGUACGAGGCAGAUCACCCACCGCGAAGAUCAUCGUCUCUGGACCUCUUCCCACAUACAGACGUGGAGCAGAAAAGUUGUUUCGUCCUGAUGGCCUGCACCCCAGCAGCCUUGGAGCAGAACUGCUUUCAGACAACAUUUCCAAGGCGCUACACUCCAAGUGACUGCCUACCGUAAGUACAUCUUCCAAUAAUAACAUUCAGUAUAAUCAAUGUUCAAUUAAAAAUCCGGCAAAGCUAAUACAUACUAUAGAGACUGUGUCUGUUCCCCGAGCUAUACAAAUAUAUAGAAAAUCUCGGAAAGUCUAUCUUCGUAACCUAAUUAACAUAAAAUUAAAUCAUAUUGAAUGCACAGCCAGCACUUUUGAUCUGAGGCUAGGACUAUUAAACAUUAGAUCUCUUGCGUCUAAGGCUCUUAUUGUUAACGACAUCAUUACUGAUCAGGAAUGUAAUUGAAUGUGUUUAACAGAAACUUGGAUUAAACCAAAUGAGUACAUAGCAUUAAAUGAAGCCAGUCCUCCUGGAUACAGUUAUGUACAUCAGCCUCGUUCAACUGGUAGAGGAGGAGGUGUUGGACUCAUCCAUAGUAAAAAUCUAGUCGUCACACAAAAACCUAAGCAUAAAUUUAAUUCUUUUGAAAUUCUUUAUACCAGUAUAAGUUAUGUAGCCAAAAAAAAUAAGUCAAUUCCUCUAAUUAUUAUUUACAGACCCCCAGGGCCAUAUACUGAAUUUCUUAGUGAAUUUGCAGACUUUGUCUCAAACCUGGUUGUGUCUGUAGAUAAAGCAUUAAUCGUCGGAGACUUUAAUAUUCAUUUUGAUAACCUGGAAGACCCUCUAAGAUUAGCGGUUGUGUCCAUCUUAGAUUCAGUAGGGAUUAAUCAGAACGUAAUCGG